GGCCGUCCGCCAUCUUAGUUUGUUAAAUAACUUCUUGCAUGCAGGCAUGAUUCUUAACAAUUACAUUUAAUUUUAACAAAUAAUCUAAACAUACGUGAGUUCAAGAGACAAUAAAAAUGUUCCUAUAGUCUCGUACGUGAGUUGGAGUCAUCAAGUUGUGCAAUUAACUGUGUCCGCACGUCGUUAUCAGCGAUAACCGAUGUGCGCUUGAAAUCAGUCCCGGGAAUGGUAUUCACUGCGACGGAAGCAGGCGAACACCAUGGCGAAAGAAAUUGCCGAAGAGUACGCGUCGAGUUUAUCGGAUCUGACUGUGAACAGCAAGCCUCUGAUAAAUAUGCUUACGAUUCUCGCGGAAGAGAACAUCGAGCACGCUGGUGUAAUCGUUGAAACAGUGGAGAAGCAUUUGGAGAAGGUUCCUGCAGACAUCAAGCUGCCAGUUCUGUAUUUAGUCGAUUCAAUUAUCAAGAAUGUCGGAGGUGCAUACACUCAGAAGUUCUCACAGAGCAUUGUUAACAUGUUCACAAAGACAUUCAAGCAGGUGGAUGAGAAAAUACGUUCACAAAUGUUCAAGCUCCGAGAGACUUGGCAUGAUGUGUUCCCAUCGACCAAGUUGUACCAACUUGACGUCAAAGUGAACCUCAUAGAUCCAGCUUGGCCGAUCCAAGUCCAGCCCCAGCAGUCUAACAUCCAUGUAAAUCCAAAUUUUCUGAAAAAGCCGGCUCCAGUGGCCUCCCUGGCGCCCGCUCCAACCACCAGCGCCGCGCUGACUGAAGAAGAGGAGAGGAUGCGCUCCAUCCUCGCCAAGAAAGAGCAGGAGUUGCUCAUGCUGCAGCGGAAGAAGGUGGAGAUGGAACUAGAGCAGACAAAGCGGCAGCUGCAGCUGGCAGAGAAGUCUACUAAAAAGCCCCCGGUCACACCGGUGGUAGUGGCCCCGGUGGCUCCAGUGACAGCCGCUCCCAGCAUGCCGGUAGCCAUGGUCAGCCCCGUGGUGCCCAGCGUGGAGCCGCCGCAGCCUCCGCCCGUGCUCUCGGCUAAACAGCGAUUGGGACCGCCGGUCAACAAAUCGACGAGUUCCAAUCGCAUCGCGCCCGUCAGCGGCGUGCUCGCCAGCGCACGGCGCGACCCUCGUCUCUCUCGGCGACCCCCGCCCGCGCGCUCCACGCAACCCCCGCUACCCUCGCCGGCCCUCAACAUCGUGCCCCCUAUCGCACCCAACGUAUUUGACAUCAAACCCCUAGACCGAGUUACCAAAAGAAAGAACGUCAUAACAAUCGACGUCCGGCCUGAAACAAACCGCGACCCGCGCCUCGACCGCCCGAGAAAUAGAAAGCGCGAAGAACGCAGACAUGACAAGGAAAAGCAAAAAUUGAAGAAAGAGAAAAUUGACGAUGAGAAAGUUGUCGGCGACUACAUGGACCGCCUUCAGAUUCCCGACCCCAAAAGGAUCAAUAAAUUGCCACCCAUCCCCAAAAUACAACGCGAAAAAGAAGAUCCCCCGAUCAAGAAAAAGAAAGAUCUCCCCCGCGACAGAAAGAAGAGACGAGAGGGUAAGGACAGCUCGAGUUCCUCUCCUGAAAAAAGGCAGAAGAAAGAUAAAGAAAAGAAGAUCAAAGCGAAAGAACGCAUGGAGGUGGAAGAAAAUAUCGCAGAACCAGAAGUCGUAGCGUUCAAGGAGCUCAAGAAUUAUCACAAGGAACACUACAUGAGGAGAAACAAGGAGAAGUCGGAGAGCCCGGAGAGAACGGAGAAAGAAGAAGCCAAGCCCGCCGAAGAGUCGACAAAUCCACCAGAGAUUGUAGCGGAAACAAAAGAUGUCGAUCUUCGGGUAUUGCCUGUUAUUACAGAAACAGCUGCUCCCGUUGCACAAAAGCGACCUUCGACAGAAACACUCGAAGGGAAAGUUAAGAAAAACAAGAUUGAUAAGUUUGAUAUUCUUUUUGGAAACGAAGAUGUCGACCUUCGCAAAUUACCUCAAGUUGAAGAAGUAAAUGCUCCACCGCCGCCCUCCAUCACUGAAAAUAAUAUAAAAGUUAAAGCCAAAGAAGAAGAUAUUGACGAUACAACCGUAUCUCCAGUUAGAUCUCCAAGAAAAGACUGGAACGAAGUAAAAGAAAAGGAAGAAUCUACAAAGAAAACACCCUCAAAACUAGAUCUUGUUAGAGCAAAAUUAGCUGAGGCAACUAAAGUAAAAGACGGACUAGGGCGACCUCUACUAUUUAGCAAAUCACCAAGUAUUGAAAGGGAACGACGUCGUACACUCAGUGUAGAAGAAACGGAAGUGAGAACAGAAAACGCAGAACCUUUCGAUGCAGAAGAUCAUAAAAAAACUAUAUCGAUAAUCAUGAAUCAGGCUAAGGAACAGUUUACAGACGGACAGCUGGAUAAGAAUCAGUACAAUACUUUGAUGUACCAAGUCUUGCAACUAAAUGAGAAGCUAAAGUUGAAGGAAGCCAAACAAAGAGAAUCCCUAGAAAUAUCCAAAAGAAAACUCAAAGCACACAUACACGAAGAUAACAAGGUGCCAUCUCCAAAAUCUUCGCCAUCAGAAAUGAACAAUUUCGGUGACAUCGAUGAGAGAAUAACGCCAGCUGCGUUUGUGGAGCCUGUGACUGAAAAUAGCCAGAAUCACUUCCAAGACUCGGAUAUGAGGAUGCAUCCUUUCGUAGAAAACAUGGAGAUCGGGGCGCAAGCACCGUUCCCAGGUCCACCGAUGAUGCCCCCAAUGUUCAUGGGACCAGGUCCGUUUCCCCCAAUGUGGAGAGGGCAACGGCCGCGAAUGGAAGAAUUUGGACCUAGGCGUUUCAGAGGCCCCAUGCCACCGUAUUUUAGAGUAAAGUUCGACAAAAGAAUACCGAGACCUGCGUUCGAUCCGAGAAUGCCGCUGCUACCGGCUCCUACUAUUGGUAUGUGCCAAGGAGAAUCACCCUUAAAACGUUACGAACGUUCGCACACGCCGCCUCCACUCGGCACUCCCGGCUACAACGUCCCGCCCACCGAUUUCAAAAUCCUAGAAUACAUUGACAUGGAUCCCGUAAAAACUAUACAAAUCGACAGUAUACCCAGAGAAAUAAGAUUUUACGGGGAGACUGCAAUUAUUAUGUUGGAUUGGGACGACCCUCGCGAGAUAAAAUUCUGGCCGGGCUGCCGGAGAGUCACGUUUGACAACAAGGACUCUGUAGUUAUUUCUUUCAACGAAGGCUACAAGCAAGUCGAGAUAGACGAUCAAGUUUUCAACAUCAGAUUUGGUGCACCCACCAGAGAGUUGUACAUUAACGGUAGAUGGUAUGAGUGUUUCUUCGGCGGACAACCAUUGGGGGUGUUGAUCGACGGCCAGCCUCAUCUAGUUCAUUUGGAAGGGCCUCUGCCACAAGUGGACAUCGGCAAAGUGAAACGGACCGAUCUAGUUGCUGGCAAGAUAAACCUUAUAGUCAACGCGACGAACAUUUGUCCCGUGUAUUUGGACGCCAAGGUGCAAAAAUUCCACGUAAACGGCAAUUUCUUUACGAUUCGUUUCGUGGACUCGUUGCGGACUGUACUCAUCAAUGAGCAGCCGUUUAAAGUAGAGUACGGUGACCUUCCGAAGCCGAUAUUUGUCGGCGGCGAAAAGCUCUUUAUACGUUUUUCGGCUUUGCCUAAGAACAUCAAACCUGGUCAAGUCGAGAUCGCAGAAAUGGAAGGCAGUAUAGGCUCUCCUCAGCCAUCGAUACCUGAUAAACCGAUCGAAGUGCCGGAACCUGAAACGAAUGAUGUAAGUGCUCCGAUGGAAACGGAUGAUAUGCCUUCACUUGAGAUGCCACCGAAACCACCGAGCCCUGAAGGUGAAAUGAAAGGUCUGGACAUGUUAGCAAGUCUCAUGCCAACAAGUAUGGCACCCGCAUCCAGCUCUGUAUACAGUUCGGCGGAGCCUCUAUUUGCCAAGCCAGAUAACAUCCCUGGCUUGGAAACACCUUCGGAAGAAAAGCCAGCCUUGAGUUUGCCAAUCCUUGGCAAUAUAAACGUGAGCGAUCUAUACGCUAAGCUGGUUGCCACUGGCAUUGUGCCGCAAGUCAACGACACUAAGCCAGAAAUUAAAAAUAACGGUAUUGAAGAAAGUCCGAAGGAAGAUAAGAAUGUGGUGCACAAAGUUGACUUGCUUAAAUCACAAACUUUGAAAGUUAAACAACCAGCUAUCGUGGCCAAGUUAUACGGCGGUAUGCAGUGCAGUGGAUGCGGCGCGCGUUUCCCGCCCGAGCACACUGUUCGCUACUCGCAGCAUCUCGACUGGCACUUCCGCCAAAACAGACGCGAGCGGGACUCUGCCAGGCGGGCGCACUCUAGACACUGGCACUACGAUCUGUCUGACUGGCUGCAGUAUGAAGAGCUCGAAGAUCUGGAGGAACGAGAGAAGAACUGGUUCGAGACGGGCGGCGCGGAGGAGCCGCCCGCGGCCGAGGCGGAGGAGAGCCCCAGCGCGGCGGCGGGCGCGCCGCAGCACCACUGCGCGCUGUGCGGCGACCGCUUCCAGCAGUUCUACAACGAGGACCGCGAGGAGUGGCACUUGCGCAACUCCGUGCGCCACGACGCGCACUACUACCACCCGCUCUGCUACCAGGACUACAAGGCGUCUCUCGCCAAAGAAGAGCCUCCAAAGGAAGAGGAAGAAUCCAUCCUGGAGGUGGACGAGGAGAAGUCGACAGAACCUAUCGAGAUCAAAGACGUGGACGAGGGAGACGUGUCGGACGACGAGUCCGUGGUUGAGGUCGUUGAACCCGAGCCGGUGCCACCUCUAGAGGUGGAUGAAGAGGGCGACGAGGAUGACGUCAUAUUGAAAGCGGAACCCGUGGAAGAGUUGUUAGUGGAGGACGCUGACACGGACGACGAGACCAUGGCCGAACGCGCCACGCGCGACCGAAACCACCAGGAGGAGUUCGCUAAAGUGAAGGUCAAGCAAGAGCCGAUUGAUCCAGAUGACGAGCCAAUAAUAACAGCGGAAGUCGAAAGCAUACCGCCGACCAUAGACACGACGCACACAACAGUGACGUCAUCCAUCGACGGCAACGUGCAGCUCGACGACGCGACCCCCGCCUCCGCCUUCCCCCUCGGAGGGAUCCGCAUCAACAUCUCCAAGAGCAUCCCCUCCUUCAUCACCCCCGUGGAUGAUAAGCUGGAAGACAUAAGCAUUGAUGAAGAGCCUUUGCCACCUGGUGAAGAGCCAGAGUUGGUGUAUAAGUUGAAGCCGACGUUAGAAGGAGUGCAGUUUAGUAGGCAACCGCCAGUGCAGAAGGGCAGUGAACUCUCUGGAUUGUGUUCUAUAAUGUGAAGUGUAAUAAUGAUUGAUGAUGUCUUAGUAGUGUGGUUCUGGAUUCGAUUUCCACUUGAGGUUAGUCACUGAUAGCUGGAAAACUCACAAUUGUGGGUAGUCUAAACUAAAAGUACCACCAAGAGAUUUAGUGUUCUCUUGGUCCAGUAGGGUAAGGUUGGCUGAAGCAAUUAUAAGCAGGGGUAUGACAAUUGACUAACUAUAUUGUACAUCUUAUGGCAAAAUUAAGUACUUUUACUUUUCGCUUUUACGGGGUUAACUUUUCCUAUAUCACUAUAAACUUAGAUGCGACUAACUUAUUUGCUGUGAACUGUAUAUAUUUUACUCUUAUUACGUCCAUCGGCUCUUCAAACUGUGUGCCCCGCCCAUUGCCACUACAGCUUCGCGAAUCAAUGAGCUAUUUAUGUGACUUUGGUUCUGCGGAUCUCCUAAUUUCUGAUUUGAUCACGCAGAGAUACUCGGAGCAUAGCUCUUUCCAUCGCCCGCUGUGUGACUGUUGACUAUUGUUAUCUUUCAUUAUAUUGUUAAUUUAUAGUAAAUAUGUAAUUGGUAAUUUUUGUACAUAUUAAUUCUGGAUAUCCCAGAUCAGUAAUAACCAAUAAUCAUGUAACAAUGAUAGAAUAAGUGCUCAAACUUAAAAAAAAAAUAUAUAUAGUUUACCUGCUAGAGUAUUCCUCAGUAUAUAAACAUAUAUGCCUAUUAUUUAGCAAAUAUUAUGAGUUUUUUUUAUUCCUUGUAUAGCAAUCUUUUUAAAGUGGAACUUUUAUUUUCUCAUUCUAUACUGAACAUAAGAAAUCCUCUAUGUAUGUUUCACUCUGAAACUGGAGCAUCCUCAUAACUCAAAACUCUGAAAUGUUCAAUUUUUAAAUCCCUUUAUGUAGAGAACUUGUCGGAUCUGGGUGAUCUUGUCCAUGAAAUAACAUUUUUUUUUAUUACUUACAUGAACAUUUUUAUUUUGAAAGUUGUAUAGUGACAAAUAUUAUUAUCAUUAUUCAAAAGUACCUAGAUUUUUAACCACUCCCAGAUAAAUAUGGUAAUUUUAUAAAAUAUACUUCAUCAAAAAAAUCAAUACAGGCGGACCAUACUUUUAUGAGUGAAUAAAUUUUUUCCCUCUCCUCCCCUACAACUUCACAAACUACUUCUUUAAUAUUAUUACAAUAUAUUUCUACUCUCCGUCCCUUCAUUUUCACACAAAUGCUCCUUUUAUAACGCCUGUCUGUACACAUUAAUAUUACAACCAAACCCAAACAGAUUUCAAAAAUAGAAGAUCUACAAGUAUAAUAGGUAUUUAAGUAUCAGCUACUUAGUAUAAUCCUUUACGUCAUAGAAUAGAAUGUUGUGUCAAACAUGCAUGUUUUGUAUAAAAUAAAACACAAAAUUGUAUACUUUUAUAGUAGGUGUGGAUUUUUUAAUUUAAUUAAGAUAAUAUUAUGUAAUAAUGAUAAAUAUAACUAUUCUUUAAAUUAAAUUGUGAUAUUAAAUUAAGCCAUGUUCAUUAAUAUUGCAAAUUUAAAACUUACUAGGGGACUAUAUUUUUGCUGGCAGAUGAAAUUUACUGGGAAGCCCCAGUUUGGAAUAUUGGGAGGCCCUACUAUUUUUUUUUAAUGUGACCCCUCCAAUAAGUCAGGCAAGACUGUAUUAGGAGUGGGUACGACAAUAGACUAACAGGGCGGGGAUCGAACCACCACCUUGGUGAUGAGUUUGACCGCUCUUACCGUUGAGCUAUUGAGGCUGUUAACUAUGGGACACUCAAUAUCUAAAUUUAAAAAUGUCGUCACUAGCAGAGGCUCUUACCAUUAUUUUAUAUUUUGUAUGUUAUUAAGAAUUUGUAAAUAGCAAAUAUGUAUAUAAAUGUUUUGUCUAAUCUUUGUCUGUUUGAAAUGUGUUUUAAUUUUUGUAUUAUAGUGAUGAUUAACACUUAAAAACUCUGUUAAUGUAUAAUGAAUAAUAUCAGUUUAAAGUUUUUAAGUGGUAUUUUAAUUUACAAUGGUAAAUACAAAUUUAGGUAGAGGAAUCUCUUGUUACUUCCUUAUUUAAAUGUUUUAAUGAUUUAUUUAUAAAAACAUGUGUGAAUAAACUAAAAAAAUGUAUCAAAAAUCAAUAAAAAGUUAUUGUUUUAAUCAUAAUAUUGUUUUGUUUGCAUACCUCUACUCGUAUAGGUAUUCCUAAGGUGCCACAUAUUUGUUUAGUUUAGUUUCUUUAAUAAAGGGAAUUUGUCAAAGUAA